AUGUCCAGACCCGCCACCGACUCUUUCUCUUCCUCAAAACCACCGCACACAUUUAAAUCUUCCUCGUCAAUUCUCAUCGUCGGCGCCGGCGUUUUUGGCCUGGGCACCGCGCUCGCCCUCGCAAGACGCCAUGCAUUUUCAGGCUGCCCCAUAACCGUCCUCGACCGGUCGGCGGACCCGGCCGUCUUCCCCUCACGCGAUGCGUCCAGCGUCGACAGCUCCCGCAUAAUACGUGCCGACUAUGCCGAUCCCGCCUACGCGGCCCUCGCCGCCGAGGCCCAGGUUGAAUGGCGCAAGGCGGGCGAGGACCAGCUCGGCGGCCAGGGGCGCUACAGCGAGAGCGGCCUGGUCGUUGUCGCCGACGGGGACCCGACGACGCAGCCUGACGGCGCGCCAACCUUACAGCAGCCAACCACCCACAAGACCGGCGCCGACUAUUGUCGAUCGAGCUGGGAAAACGUCGUCGCCAUCUCAGAACGUAAUGGGGCAAUGAAGGACAAGAUCCAACUGCUGCCCACGCAGGACGACAUCCGCAAGGCAAUCGGCACCGGCGGCGUGAGCGGCGUUUGGGGAUACAUCAACCGCGCCUCUGGCUGGGCCGACGCCGACCAGUCGAUGCGAUGGCUAUUCCGCCACGCCAAGGACUCGGGCCGCAUCAGCUUCGUCUCGGGUACCGCGUCCUCCCUCACACGCGAGGGCAGCAAGAUCACGGGCGUGACCCUCGACGACGGCCGCGACAUGUCCGCCGACCUGGUCAUCCUGGCGACGGGGGCGUGGACUGGCGGUCUGGUAGACCUGCGCGGGCGCGCGGUCGCGACGGCGCAGACCCUCGCGUACCUGGACAUCACUGACGAGGAGCAGGCGGCCCUGGCUGCCCAGCCCGUCAUCCUGAACCUCAGCUCCGGCCUCUUCGUCAUCCCUCCCCGCAACAACGUGCUCAAGGUUGCGCGGCACGAGUACGGCUACCUGAACCCGACGACGGCGAAGCCGCUCCGCUCACCUUCCGACGCCGCCCGGUCGGAGGACGAUGCUGCUGCUACGUCUUGCCCCAUCUCCCUGCCGCCAAGGAACGUCGAGGACGCCUUCCAUGAAAUACCCGAGAGGAGCAAGGCGGUGCUGCGCACCGCCCUAAAGGACAUGGUUCCAUUGCCUGCGAUCCACGACAGACCUUUUGCGAAAACCAAGGUCUGCUGGUACAACGACACCUCAACUGGUGAUUUCAUCAUCGACUACCAUCCCGACUGGGACGGUCUCUUUAUCGCCACAGGAGGGAGCGGACACGGAUUCAAGUUCCUCCCUGUCUUGGGAGAGCGAAUCGUUGACUGCGUCGUGGGGGAACGACCAGAGGCGUUCAAGACCAAGUGGGCUUUCCACUCCACCACACCCUCAACCACCACCACUUGGAAUGCUGUCUCGACACAAGAUGGCAGUCGAGCUGGUGAAACAGGCUUGUUGUUCAGCGACGAAAUGACCAAGGCGUCAUGA